UCGAGAGAAAGAGAGAGAAUCGAAGAAAAAGAAGAAGAAGGAUGGGAAUGGAGGUAGCUGAGAGGACGACGGAGAUGGUGGAGGACGGAUGUACGACGCCGAGAAGCAGUAUGUAUAGGAUUCCGGUGGCUUCUGUUUGUCCACCGCCGCCCAGGAAGAAAUCGAUGGUUUUGAGGAAACGAGAUCCACCGAGAAACGGGUAUUUUCAACCACCGGAUCUGGAAGCUUUGUUCUACGCUCAGCCUCGACGAGAAGCUUGCGUUUAGAUUCGAGAUUUCUUUCUAGGCUUUUUUUUUUUUUUUUUGGUGGCUUUCUUCUUUCUCUGUAAAUACAUGUUUAGGAUUUGCUUCUUAAGAGAUUGAGGUUUCAGAGCGAUGACUUUGUUUGUUUAUCGAAAUUGGAAUUUACUAAAUUGAAACUGAGAUCUAUUUUCCAA